AUGGAGCGACUAUGGCUUCUGCUCCUCCCGGCUGCAACGGCGGUCGUGCAUGAUGCUUACUUCAUUGAUGCCCUUCAGAAAAACAACGAAACGUGGCUUGCCGAAGAUGCUGAGAUCGACAAAAAGCUGAAUGCGCUGGAAGCUCGAUUCCGAAAGAAGCCCAACAUCAUAUACAUUUUGGCUGAUGACAUUGGCUGGGGCGAGUUGGGAUGGCAGGGUGGGGGCAAGCACCGUGGGACACCCACGGAUGGAUUGGAUGCCAUGGCUUUCGAGGGCAUGCGGUUUUGGUCUUCCUACGCCGAGCCUUCCUGUACUCCCUCCAGAACGGCUAUCAUGACAGGCCGCCACCCAGUGCGGACGGGUCUGUUGAAGGUGUUGUGGCCUGGCCAGACAGACGGCCUCUCGCCGGAAGAGUUCACCCUCGCAGAGGCGCUCUCAGCGGCCGGUUACCAUACUGCCAUGUGGGGCAAGUGGCACUUGGGUGAGCUGCCGGGGCAUGCUCCAGAAAACCAAGGCUUCGACUAUGCAUAUUACGGUCUCUUCAACGGGGCACCGGACAACUGGCCGGAGUCUCAUGACAUGUAUGAGUCCUCGCCCAAUGCCCACCGUGGAAUGUUCUACGACUUCCCUGGCGUAGAGGCUUAUCGAGAAGAGACGGGCAUCGACCUCUCGGAGUGCGCCUUCGUCGGACGUCGCGGCCAGGCUCGCAAACGCCUCGACGGCCCUGCCGGGACGUUGGGCCCCCGCAGGCAGGAAUACUUCGAAGAAGAGUCCAUCAAUCAGAUCACCAGGUACGUGCAGGAGAAGGCUAAAGGCGAAAAGCCCUUCUUCAUCUACUGGGCGACCUACACGCAGCAACUGCAAGGUUCGACGGCGCAGAUGAAGGAUCCUCAUGUCGACAAGGCCAAUGCGCAGGCGUCGAUGAUGGCAGCACACAGCAAGUACGUUACUCGGCUCCUGGAGACCUUGCAAGCCGAGGGCAUCGCGGAGAACACCCUGGUCGUAUGGUUCAGCGACAACGGGCCAAUGUAUGCCUUCUUCCCGAACUCAGGCUACUCCUGGCUGCGGGGCGGGAAGGGCACUGUGCUGGAGGGCGGCGUGAGGGUGCCGGCGAUGGCCUGGUGGCCUGGGAUGAUCCAGCCACGGCAGGAUCCCGUCGACCUGCUUCACCUCACCGAUCUUUAUACCACGGCUGCUCGCCUGGGUGGUGCUCUGUCCCACAUACCUGAGGAUCGCGUCUUAGACGGCGUGGACCAGGUUCCGUUACUGCUCCUGGGUGAAGGCCAUGGGCGGAGGAGCACUAUGUUCCAUUACAGUGGCAGCGAGUUGGGCGCCAUUCGCCACAAAGACUUCAAGGUCCACCUGAAGGGGAGCAUGGGAGGAUUGCCGAACAUGGAGUUCUACAACGUCAGAAGGGCCCACAAGAGGCAGAUGCAUCGGUUUCCGAAUCGGGGCGAGCUGGGCGAGACUGACAUGGGCGACGGCGAUGGCGAUGCCUCCGAGUCGUCGCGGCGGGAGCCACGGCGGAUCGCGCAAGCGAGAUCGGAAAAGCGGCACGUUCAUGGUGGCGUUGAAAGGCUGCUGAUUUGGCUCGAGGGCGGCGAGGACCUCUUCCACCGCAGCUCCCCGCUUGAGCGCAGCCUUACCAUCGGGAUCUUCGGGAUCUUGGUUGCCAGCAUGGGAUUCACGGCACUAUCCAACUGCAGUCUUAGCGGCGACCGAUGCGCAUUGGAGCGAGCGCGCAGGCAAAGCUUGGCCGUGGAAGUGGCGAGGCUCCGCAGUGAGCUGAGCGUGCCAGUGCACCCUGCCUUGGCCUCUGGUGCUUUCUCUGCAGGAGAAGAUCUUCCGCAGAGGCCAGAGCCUGCUUACACCCCUGCGUUUCACCUGCGCGGGGCGGUGAGUGAGAGCGAGGCCGACGUGGCCGAUGGGGCCGACCUUGCAGCCGAUCCGUAA